AUGGCCGAGUGUUGGAGCCUCAUCGAGUUCCUCCGCACCUUCGAGCACCACCGCAGGGCCGCCGACGCAUCGUACGCCCGAUCCAAGCGCACCUCAUACCCCUCCUCCUCCUCCUCCUCUAGGCACCUCACCGAAUUCUGCGAAAAUUCCUCAAUGGCCACCGCGGUCGACACGCUCGUGCUGCUCGCCGUCCUGGCCGUGCUGGGCUUCCUCCUGAUCCCACAACUCAACCUCCUCCUCUCGCUAUCCACCCAGCCACCCCAUACCUCUCGCGGGCGCCCUCUGCUAGCCCUCCUGCAACUCCACGCGCGCCGGUGCGGGAAGCCGCGCUGCCGGGGCCUCAGGAAGGCCGUGGAGUUAUGCAUCCAGCUCGAGACGGAGGAGUGCGUGCGCGGCCGGCCCAACCCCGCCGCCUGUCCUACCGCCUGCCCGGGCACUUCUUCUCCGUCUACGAUGGCCACAAUGGCAAGAACGGCGAGCGCCGACGCGGCAAGGACGGCGAUACGGAUCUCCGACCGGCGGUGGAGGAAGACGUUUGGUACCCGAUUGCGUUUUUAUUUUCUUUUUAGGGUGGUGUCUGUAAUUUUCCUGCCAAUUGUAAUGUGA